AUGGUCUCUCACUUGUUCUACCUCUUCCUCCUCCUGACCUGUUGCUCCACCUCCACUCUUGCGGCAACAACCGAACAAUGGAAAACCCGGUCCAUUUACCAGACGAUGACCGAUCGGUUCGCCCUCACCAACGGUUCGACAACCACCGCAUGCAAUGUCACGGAAAACAGCUACUGUGGGGGGACUUGGCAGGGGACGAUCAACAAGUUGGAUUAUAUCCAAGGGAUGGGAUUCGAUGCCAUCAUGAUCUCGCCCGUGGUGAAAAACAUUGCCGGUAGAUCCAAGGACGGCGAGGCCUAUCACGGGUACUGGCCACUCGACCUCUACGAGGUCAACGCUCAUUUUGGCACCCAGGAGGAUCUCGUCAAGCUGGCGGAGGAGGUGCAUGCGCGGGGAAUGUACUUGAUGCUCGACGUCGUGAUCAACAAUAUGGCCUAUAACACCGACGGGGAAAACCCAGCAACUCACAUCGACUAUACCGUCUUUCCCCAGUUCAAUGGCUCCUCGUAUUUUCACCCCUAUUGCCUCAUCACGAAUUGGAACAACUACACCGAAGCGCAAUGGUGCCAGACCGGCGACAACUACACCGCGCUGCCGGACCUCUACACCGAGCACACCGGCGUGCAGGACAUCUUGAUGACCUGGAGUAAAUCGGUCAUGAACAACUACUCAAUCGACGGACUGCGCAUUGAUGCCGCCAAGUCCCUCACUCCAAGCUUUUUGCCGACAUACGUGGAAACGGUGGGAGGGUGGAUGACGGGCGAAGUCAUGGAGUCCAAUGCCAGCAUUGUGUGCAACUAUCAACAGGAGUAUCUGCCCAGUUUGCCCAACUACCCUCUCUAUUAUGCGAUGAUCACCGGAUUUUUGAACGGGGAGCCGGGUUCCUUGCUCGAGGAGAUCGCCACGAUCAACCGUCUCUGCCCGGACGUGCCGGCAAUGGUCAACUUCAUCGAGGACCAGGAUGUGGAUCGCUGGGCGUACAUGAAUGACGAUAUCAUGCUGGCCGAGAACGCACUGACUUUCAUGAUGCUGUUUGACGGCAUCCCCCUGGUAUACCAAGGUCUGGAGCAGCGCAUCGUUGAUUCCAACCGAGCAGCCCUGUGGACCACCGACUACGACACCAACGCCACGCUGUAUAAGCUCAUUACGAAGCUCAACGCCAUCCGCAAGCACGCCAUCAAUCUCGACUCCGACUACAUCAACUCCCAGACCUACCCCCUCUACCAGGGUGGAAGCGAACUGGCCUUUUGGAAAGGGAGCUACGGGCGACAGGUGGUCAUGCUCCUAUCUACGCAAGGCUCCAACGGGUCGGCCUAUGAGCUGACCCUCCCUGUGAGCUAUGGCGCCAGCGCCGUGGUGACCGAGGUGCUGAACUGCGUCAACUACACCCUCAACACCAACAGCGAACUCGUGGUUUCCAUGGACAAGGGCGAGCCGCGCGUCUUCUUUCCCGCUUCGAUGAUGCCCGGCAGCGGGCUCUGUGGCUACAAUGCCAGCAAUGUGACCUACUCGGAGCUCCGCCUGGCGGCCGUGAGCUCAAACUCCUCUUCCACUGCCGCCGGCCACACCGUCGCGUCAUUGGCGCCGGGAUUGAUACUCGCUUCGCUGCUGUCACCGUUUGUGGCAGGUUUCGCAAUCUAG